CUUGUGUAGGAAAUAUAGCAGUCCCUUGCAUCGUCACGAUCGAAAUAAUUUAUCGUGUGGCUUUUGUAAGGCACGUAAAAUGUCUUGGAUUUAACACAAUUUUCUUUACUGUGUACGUAGACUGGUACAGUCAUAGGUAGGUUGUAGGUAGGAGGUAGGAGGUAGGAGGUACAGCUAAACGUCUUUCUCUGGCAAGCAGUAGCAGCAACAACGGGGAUAAUAUCCUCCUCUCGAUAUAGUCAGACCUCGAAAAUUUUCAUGCCAGUUAACGUUUUCUCGCCGCGAGAAACGGGUCGAUGCGAAUCACUGUAAACUCUACUACCAAAAUAUUGUUCGAAACUCAGUCAAGUUGAUUAAAAAUAAAUAAAUGAUAAUCAAAUCGAAUCCGCUAAACCAUCAUUCACGGAUGUAUUAGAAGAAUCAAUGACGAUAAGUGCUUAAAUAAAACUUCCCUCGGACACACACGUGCGUGUAUGUGAUUAUGUAACUUAUUCGGAUGAAAAUUAAUCAAUUUACCAAGCGAAUUAAUCUAUCGGAUAUAUUUAUCGUUGGAGUGGUGCGUGCAAUCCAUGAUCAUAUUAUCCACAUACGUACAUAAUUGAAUCAUGUAGACGAAGACGUUGUUAUAAAAAACAAAAAUUAAUUAAUUAAGAAGAAGCAUCUACGAUUAUAAUUAUUUGGGUAAAUGCAUUGAAACUUACAACAUAACAAUAUGUAUGUGAAUUAAGAGCGUAAUAAUUACAUCGGUGUUCGUUUUAUUGUUUCAAUUAAUAUUGCACCAAAAAAAGAGAAACCUUUUAUGUGCCUGUAUGUUAAUAAUAACAAUUUAAUCAAUUCAGAGGACAAGCUUCGUCGAUCAACGCAUAAAAUUGUAAUUGUUCUUUUUUUCGCGGUGUAUCCAAAUUUCGGAGAUUCGCGCGGUUCGAUUCAUUUCAUAUACUUGUUACAUACGCAUCCUCGCGAGUACCUACUCGUAUCCAUAGGUACGACGAAAAGUUAAUUUCUAACUAAUAUUAUACGCUAAACAUGGAUUCUCCUGUCAUCUUGGACAACGCUCCGGAAUACGUCCAGUACACGGAGCGCGAUUUUCCUGGAUUUCCAUUCGACGACGACGGGUUCGAGAGACGAGGGAAUAUCAGGUCACACUUGGACGACCUCGCGGCUCGACAUCCCGAAUUCGCCGAUCAUCUGUUGGGUCCACCCUGGGGCGACGCACCCUUUCUUGGGACAUCGAGAAACAGGAGACGAGGAUCUGGUCUUGGCUCAUAUUCUCAGGGGCAGACGGACGACGAUAUCCGUAGUCAGGCCAGUGGAAGUAGCGCAGCCAGCGCAGCCAGUGGAGCGAGUGGUGUUAGCUCUCACGGGGAUCCUGAGCCUUAUUCCGGUGCGGAGUUACGAGAACCUGGAACUAGUAACCGAAAGAAUAAUAUCCCUCAAUACGGACUGCGCAAUACCGUAGAUAUCGGUCAACAUAGACACAAUAUGGACAACUUGGACAAGAUUAACAGGGGACAAAGAUCUGCAUCUGCACCUCCGGAGAAUCGACAAACGGAACCGCAGCAACAGCAAGAACAGCCCCAGCAUCAGCAGGCGCAGCAGCAGAUGCAGAAUCCUAAUCAACGAUUCGUUACGCGCGUCGAUAUCACCCCCCAGCAGCAACAACAAGGUGAUGUCUCGAAACCAUCUCCGCAAUCCCCACCGCUGCAAACACCGCCCCAGCCUCAGCCCCAGACUCAGCCGAAGCAGCAAAGCAAUGUUAGGCAUAUACCGAUAUUUGUAGAGGGACGCGAUGAACCUGUAGUUCCAAAGAACUUGGAGGAACCUAUUUUUUCACAGCCCCAGCAACACCAACAAUCCCCGCACUCACCCCCACAGUUUCACAGACCCUCGCACUUCAAUCAACAUUUUGCUAAUAAUCGGCAACAGCAACAGCAAUGGCCUCCGCAGAGCCACCAACAAACGCCACAUCACUUUUAUCAACAGCAUCAACAAACUCCACAAAGUGAUCAACAAUCUUAUACUCAACAGGCUUAUAACAAGCCCAAUCACUAUCAGCAGCAGCAACAAGAAUAUCGUCAUCAGCAAGCCGAAAAACAAAAAGCGCAGCAACAAAAACAACAGCAGUCUCAGCCAGAAGCUGAACCACCGAAACCGAAACAGAUUCAGCCCAAGGAACCUCUGGAAAGAGUUGCCAUUGUUCAAAAUGAAGUAGACUCUUUGAAGGAACAGGUAAAAUUAUUUGCUGGCAAUUCGAGAAAGGAUAAGGAUUACAUGUAUCUGGACGAAAUGCUGACCAGGGAGCUGAUAAAACUUGACGAUAUAGAGACGGAGGGCAAGCCUAAUGUUAGACAGGCUAGGAAGGAUGCGAUAAAAAGUAUACAGGAAUGUAUCGCGCUUUUAGAAUCGAAAGUUCCACUACCAGGACAGGAACAACAGAAUCCUGUAGCAGAGGAAGAAGAACCCUCACCUUCCAUAGAGACUGAGGGCACACCUGCAGUUGGAGCAAUUGAAACAGAAGUUUCACAGAGUGCCCCAAUUCCACUACCUCCUGCUCCAUCGACUGAGCAGAAUUCUCUGGUUGAGGACCUCGAAAUUCCAGUUACCGACGAACCAAUGACUAUGGAAAUGUCAUCUCUCGAAAAGGCAGCCUCUACAACCGAGAUGGAAACGCAGCAGAGUGGUGAUAGUUCGAAGUUAUCAGAAACACAAUCAUCACAAGAUAAUACCACUAAUAUUGAACAGCAAACAAUCGAUAUCGAUAAUGCAAAAAAUGUUAAAUCACUAAAAAAAAACAGGAAGACUACUGUGACACCUAAACCCAUCUCCGAGGAAGCAAUACCUCUGCCUGCUCCUGAAAUUAGUCACACCUAAAGUAGAACAAAUUUAUGGAAUAUUUGAGGGAAGAGUCUUUUAUAAUUUGUAAACAGACUGCAUCUGCGGUAAUUGCCUGAUCUUUUGUGCUUAUUGCCAUACUAUAGGUGCCGAUCCCUUUCAAGGGAUGUUUGUUUGUAACAUCUCUAACUCUUGACAUCUUGUGUUAAGUAAAUGGUACCAGUACUAUUUUAGUACGUACCUGAGUACCCGAUCCUGUUCCUUAACUAUUUUUUAUAACUUGAUGACAAUUGUCUAAAACAAUGAGGUAGCGUCCAUACAAAGGUGAUGAACACAAGUCGAUUAAAGUUAUAAUGAGUUUAUAUCUUAUCUGUUGAGUAUUAUGUCAUAGCGUAAUUAAGCAUGUAUAUUAUUGAUAAUUUAUUGAAUGUCUGUCAGUGGCAUGGCCAUGGCCAUUCACAGGGUCACGUUCAGUUGAGUAGAGUUUCAAAUUUAUACCUCCGCAAGUUUUUUCUCUAUUUUAUUUGAAAAAAUGAUGAAUUGUUUUUUUAGGAUUCACUGAUAGCCCGUAUAUUGAAAUUGCAUAACAUAAAUAUUUAGAUAUGAGCAAGGCACCCUACUCCUAAUCCUAUUCUACUUGUCAUGUAAACUUAUUUUCCAUCACAAAAUGGAUAGUGUUAUGCACGCUAUUCGCAUACCUCGCAUUUGUUUUUCACAAAACAUAUUCACUAAUAGCAGCAGCUGUAGCAGCUUUGGCAAAGGUAUUUCACAUGUGUGUUCUCAUUAAAAAAAACGAACGAUAAUUAUACAUAUGUAAAGUUUCGAAUAUAGAAGACAUUUAUCAGAUUGGUAAUAGGAAAUAAGUUACCUGUAUGCUACGCCUGUACGCUUUUUGCUGCAAGCAGUUAGGUUCACUAGAGGUGCCUGAAUCUUGUAGAAAAUAUAAAAUAUAAAAAUGCCUUCCAACUGAUAUUUUUCCAUGUCAUAUAGUAAUUAUAUGCUAAUAUAAAUUUCAUCAUUUCAUUAGUAAAUCAUUGCAAGCAAUUGGUCAUAUUCUAGACCAACAAUGCAUGGUUUUGACGAUAAACUGAAUCUGAGCGGAGAAACAAAUUUUUUAUGCGGUGGUGCUUUAACAACCAUGUACCGCUUAUUUUUUUUUUUUUGAGAGAGAAAAUGUAUGAGGACAUGUAACAAGACCAAGAUAUUUAUUACUUGAUUUUUUUUUCGUAGAAAAAUAUUUGUUUGCAUGCUUAAUUUUCAAGAUAUACAGGCGUUAUAUUCUUGUGCGUUUGUGAAAGGUAAUUCUCUUAUUUUCCGGAAUUAAUGAUAUGAUAUUAGAUUGCCUACAAUAUAAAUACAUGUGAAAGAUAAAGAGAUGUAUUAUUUUAAGCAUAUACAUUUUGUAUUGUUGCGAAAAACUAUAGUGUGUCUUGUACAAAUGCCAAAACGGAAGUGUAAUUAUUUUAUCAAAUAAACUGUAAUAAGCUAAUAUGAAUUCAAAUAUAUUACUCUUGCUUUCGCA